AUGGAUCUUUUGAUAUAUACUGUUUAUGACAUACAUUCAACAACCGCUACAAACCCCACAGCAAUCAUCGUAGAUAAUUCAUUGGUAUUCCAUUAUACAUAUUACUACGACUACACAUAUUACCACGACUACACAUAUUACCACGACUACACAUAUUACCACGACUACACAUAUUACCACGACUACACAUAUUACCACGACUACACAUAUUACCACGACUACACAUAUUACCACGGCUACACAUAUUACCACGGCUACACAUAUUACCACGGCUACACAUAUUACCACGGCUACACAUAUUACCACGGCUACACAUAUUACCACGGCUACACAUAUUACCACGACUACACAUAUUACCACGGCUACACAUAUUACCACGGCUACACAUAUUACCACGGCUACACAUAUUACCACGGCUACACAUAUUACCACGGCUACACAUAUUACCACGGCUACACAUAUUACCACGGCUACACAUAUUACCACGGCUACACAUAUUACCACGGCUACACAUAUUACCACGGCUACACAUAUUACCACGGCUACACAUAUUACCACGGCUACACAUAUUACUACGACUACACAUUAUAA